GUUGCUCAAAUCCCGAUGCUUGUUUCAGGCUACAUACACGAAGUGCACCCGUCCUCCUUCACCACCUACAUUGCAAAGAGCGAAUUUCCAUCGCAACAUGCCCUGGCACCGUACGGGGUGCUGGAGGAACCUCCUCCCGCACCCGAAUUCAUCCCGCCGUCGCCGCCGCCCUACAAGAGGAAAAGCCUCUCGAUGACCUUCACCUCAACAGGCGCCCACCUGAGCCUCCCGCCCAAGAAAAAGGACAUCUACCGGCCGUACUGUUUGGACGAGGGCGGCAAAGCGGGAGUGAUCGAGGAGCACCACUCGCCUCUCUCAUUUCUCACCAACCAGCCCACCAUCAGAGUGCCGGCAGAGGAGGAUUUGCACGCGGCCCAUGCCAUUCUGGAUCUGAGCGCCUCGACCACCGUCUUCCUCCCGGCACCCACGCCGCAGACAGUAGAACAUCGCGACAACGACAUCCAGGAACAGGAGAACAUCCGGCCCCCGUCAAUUGGCGUUAAGAGCGGAAAAACAGUGGCCUACACUUACGAGGCCUUCUUCGUCAGUGAUGGCCGGUCGAAGAAGCGGCUGAAUGCGGACGAAACGGUCGGCGCUCUCACCGCGAAGAUCAGCAACGAGAAGCCAAAGUACACGUGCAGCGAAUGUGGCAAACAGUACGCUACCAGUAGCAACCUGUCCAGGCACAAACAGACUCAUCGGAGUCUGGAUAGCCAGGCGGCGAAGAAGUGCAUCACGUGUGGAAAGGCGUACGUGUCGAUGCCAGCUCUGGCUAUGCACGUGCUCACCCACAAGUUGGCCCACCGAUGCGGCGUGUGCGGCAAACAGUUUUCCAGACCAUGGCUGCUGCAAGGCCAUCUGCGGUCUCACACCGGCGAAAAACCUUAUGGCUGUGCUCAUUGCGGCAAAGCCUUCGCUGACAG